ACCCGGCUCCACGACUCCGCGCGUGCCUCCCGGUGCCCUCUCCCCGCGCCCCUCCGCCUCUCUCCGCUGCGCCCCAGCUCCCUGGGCACCUUGCCCCUCUCUGCUGGCCCCCCAGCCUCCUCGUCGCGUCACCCGCACCCCCUCCUCUACCCGCGGCCCCCGCUCCCUCCACCCCCCUUCCCUCUCUCACUUCCCACGCCCCCUCUUCGCGCUCCUCUCUCCUCCCUUUGCCGCCCAGCGCCGGCUCCGGAGUUGGGGGAGAGCCCAGGGUUUCAGUCGCUUUGGAGGAGGCGUGAAUCGCGCAGGGAUUGACUAAUUGGGGGUGGGGGGCGCGGUGGGCGAUGGAGCAGCCCGAGGACAUGGCGUCGCUGAGCGAGUUCGACUCCUUGGCGGGCAGCAUCCCGGCCACCAAGGUGGAGAUCACCGUGUCCUGCAGGAACCUUUUGGACAAAGACAUGUUUUCCAAGUCCGACCCACUAUGUGUCAUGUAUACUCAAGGGAUGGAGAACAAGCAGUGGCGGGAGUUCGGACGCACCGAAGUCAUUGACAACACACUCAAUCCCGACUUUGUGCGCAAAUUCAUUGUGGAUUAUUUCUUUGAGGAGAAGCAGAACCUCCGUUUCGACCUAUACGACGUUGAUUCGAAGAGCCCUGAUUUAUCCAAACACGAUUUCCUGGGCCAGGCCUUCUGCACCCUCGGAGAGAUCGUGGGGUCCCCUGGGAGCCGCCUGGAGAAGCCCCUCACGAUAGGAGCAUUCAGCCUGAAUUCCAGGACAGGCAAACCCAUGCCAGCGGUAUCCAAUGGAAGUGGUCUUUGGAUGGAAAGUUUGAGAACCACUGGUCUGGAAGCCUCCGGUGGUGUCCCAGGGAAGAAAUGUGGCACCAUCAUCCUGUCCGCCGAGGAGCUGAGCAACUGUAGGGAUGUAGCCACAAUGCAGUUCUGUGCCAACAAGCUGGACAAAAAGGAUUUCUUUGGGAAGUCCGACCCCUUCUUGGUGUUCUACAGAAGCAAUGAGGAUGGAACGUUCACCAUCUGCCACAAGACCGAGGUCAUGAAGAACACCCUAAACCCAGUCUGGCAAACCUUCUCCAUUCCUGUGAGAGCGCUCUGCAAUGGGGACUAUGACCGGACCAUCAAGGUGGAGGUGUACGACUGGGAUCGGGAUGGCAGCCACGACUUCAUUGGAGAAUUCACCACCAGCUACCGGGAGCUGGCCCGUGGGCAGAGCCAGUUCAACAUCUACGAGGUGGUAAACCCAAAAAAGAAAAUGAAGAAAAAGAAAUACGUGAAUUCCGGCACCGUCACGCUGCUUUCCUUUGCUGUGGAGUCCGAGUGCACAUUUCUUGACUACAUCAAAGGAGGGACCCAGAUCAACUUCACAGUGGCCAUCGAUUUCACAGCCUCCAAUGGGAACCCGUCGCAGUCCACGUCCCUGCACUACAUGAGCCCCUACCAGCUGAAUGCCUAUGCGCUGGCGCUGACUGCCGUCGGGGAGAUCAUCCAGCACUACGACAGUGACAAGAUGUUUCCCGCCCUAGGCUUCGGGGCCAAGCUGCCCCCUGACGGAAGGGUGUCCCACGAGUUCCCGCUGGUAGGAGGUCCUGGGAGCACGGGCUGA